AUGACAAGAAACAAGGUUAAGCUCGCUUGGAUUACCAACAACACUAUCCGUCGAGCUAGCCUCAAGAAACGAAGGCUAGGGUUGGUCAAAAAGGUCAAGGAGCUGACCACUCUAUGUGGCAUAGAUGCUUGUCUUCUCAUGUACAACCCGGGGGAACAGGAGCCAAUGGCGUGGCCUUCACCCGAUGAGGUGAAACAACUUAUUGAAAAGUUUCAUCUUGUUCCAGAGCUGGAACGCACGAAAAAAACGAUAAACAUGGAGACACACGUGAAAGAAAUGCUUUCUAAGGUGCAAGAUCAGCUUAUAAAGCUCAAUAUAAAGAAUAAGGAAGAAGAGGUAGGACAGUUUAUGCAUCAAAUGCAUCGAGGAAAGAUGAUGGAUGUUGGGCCCUCCGAGGGAGAUGUUCCUUUACAACCACCACCUCAAGAACCUACUCCAACUGCAGAUUAUGAAAUUGGCAGUUCCAGUGCAGGCGUUGGGGGUAAUGAGAGGGAAGUUGUUGAGCCUUUGUCUUGGGACGAUUGGUUCCACAACCUUAUGAACUCCAAUGAGUUCAUAGUUGGAGCUAGUAGCAGCAACCUGUGGAGUGACAUGGGCACAACUCAAUAUAACACAUAUGUUGCACCUGGAAGCUUAAAUGUUUCUCAUGCUGACUUGGGGCUGUUAGGACCUUCAAUUGGUGGUAGCUCAAGUGCUGCUGCAGAACAGGUGCUGCCAAGGCAUCCUUAUGGUAAUGGAUCCUCAAGUGCUGCUGCAGAAGAAGUGUCGCCAAGAUAUCCUUUUGGUGGCGGCUCCUCAACUACUACUGCAGAACAGGUGCCAACAAGAUAUCCUCUUGGUGGUGGGUCCUCAACUGCUGCAGAACAUGUGUCGCCAAGGCAUCCUUUUGGAGAUGUUUCCUCAAGUGUUGAUGUUGCUGAUUUAGGUUUACCCCCAUUCGGAACUUUAAACACCCCUAUGGUUGAUGCAGAUAUGACCGAAGGUGAUUAUUUCAACCUUUUCGGGGGUCAUGAUAUGGGGCCAGGACAUUACCCAUUGGGACCAGUGGGAAGUGGUUCCCCUAAAACUAAUCGUGGCGUCCCAACAAGCAGUGGUGAAAUGUGA